AUUCAGAAUUUAUUCAGGGAUGAAUUCUAUCAGAAUUCAGAAAUGGCCUUUCUUUCUUUCUUUUGCCUAACUAAAGAACCUUCCAGCAGCCAGCAGAGAGAGGCCACCUCUUUCCCUCUAAAUACUACUUAUUUUACAACUACCUCUCUUUUUUCUCAUACAAUCAAUCUAAAUUAUUAGCCUAACUUUUUUUUUUUUUUUUUUUUUUUGACAAAAUCCCCUAUACUAUACUAUACCCUAUAUAUUGCUAUUACUAGAGUAGCAGCUAGUUUUAAUUAGUUUUGAUCAUCAAUCUAUGUAAAUUGUCCAUUUCUGUGUUCUGAGUACUAGUACCAUCUAUUUUCAUGAAAGUUUUUAGCAAUAAAAAGGCUCAAGUUUUGUGUUAGGUAAGUUUAACACAAAUAUCUGAAAACCCUAGCUAGCUAACCUAAGUUCCUUAUAAGUAUUACUCUUUUCCAUUAUUCUUCUCUCUUCUUAAAUGCUUCAAUUUCUCUUGUGUUAAUUUUACUUUUUUACUCCAUACCUUAGUAUAGUAUAGAGCUUAUCUUCUCUUCUCAAAAAGAAAAGAAAAGAAAAUGGAUUAUCCAUACAAAGGGUGGAUGUUAUCGAAUCAUUCAUCGGCGACAACGACGACGACGGCGACAAAGAUGCAGGUUCAUGUGGAUGAUGAAGAGGACGAUAAAAUUGUAAUAGAAAGAGAGCAUAUGUUUGAUAAAGUGGUGACUCCAAGUGACGUAGGGAAGUUGAAUCGAUUGGUUAUACCAAAGCAGCAUGCGGAGAAGUAUUUUCCUUUGGAUUCGAGUAAUAAUGAGAAAGGUUUGCUUCUUAAUUUUGAAGAUCGGGCGGGGAAGCCAUGGAGGUUUCGAUAUUCGUAUUGGAAUAGUAGUCAAAGUUAUGUAAUGACAAAAGGUUGGAGUCGAUUUGUUAAAGAGAAGAAGUUGGAUGCUGGUGAUGUUGUGUCUUUUCAAAGAGGUGUUGGUGAGGUUGGUAAAGAUAAGUUGUUUAUUGAUUGGAGGCGAAGACCUGAUGCUUCGGGUUUACACCAGCAUUUGCAGUAUCAUCAUCAUCAUAGUCAUAAUCGUACAGCUCUCCCCGCUGCAGCUGCUGCUGCAGCGGGGGGAUGCUGGACUAGUAAUACUGGUCCGACUUUUUUGUUGAGAUCUCAUCCUCAUCCUUAUUCUCAACCUUACCCUUACCCUCUCCUGCAAGGCGGAGGGGGUGGGGGUGGAGGAGUGUGGGACCACCAAGGGAAUACUACUACUACUCAUUUAUCUCUUAUGAAUGUACUUCCUUCUCAAUCACAUACCCCUCCGCUUCGGAGGGGUAUGGGUUUGGGUGGUGGUGGUGGAGGUGGUAGUUAUGGAUAUGGGUACGGAAAUGUUGUGAAUCCGUAUCCAAUGACAGGAUCGUUGAUUUUUCUUAGAUCUUCUUCAGUACCAACACCGACUUCAGUAGGAGGAGGAGGAACAACAAGCUUAACACAACAAAUAGUAGAAGAUCAAGGACCAUCGUCAAUGAUGCAGGUACAGAGAGGGGAAGGUGGGGUUGAGCCCAUGCCUAUGGUAUACGAAUCGGUGCCGGUGGUCCAAGGCAAAGCUGCAGCUAAGAGGCUCAGGCUAUUUGGCGUGAAUAUGGACUGCCCCAUCUCCCAUCAAACUCAUGAUUUUGACAUUUUGUCUUCCUCUUUGGCAUCCUCUUCUACCCCCAACUACCAUCAUCAUCAUCAUCAUCAUCAACAUCAUCAACAUGAACAACAACAACAACACCAUACUACUGGCGGAUCAAUUUCAAUGGGCCCCCCUUCUUCUACUUCUUCUUCCUUCUCUACUCCAACUAGUCAUCAACACUCUCUAAGGUCAUUCUACAAUGGUACUACUCAUCCUGAGAAAGGCAAGUCAUCAUCCACAUCAUCACCAUCCAUGUCUUUAGAUUUGGACAUCUAGAAUGGUAUGAAGACUCUUGUUUUUUUUAACAAUAGAGAUAAACUAAGAUGCAGUGAACAAAAGAGCUCUUUCUUUUAUUUUAAUUAUUUUCAUAAUCCAAGAAAAAACAAGUGGUAUCAGAUUAUUAUAAGGUCAUCACUCAUCAGAUGUAUCAAUUGUUGUACUAGUAGAUUAAAUAGGGCUGAAAAAUUGAAUACUACCAUUUAACCACCCCAAAAAAUAUUGGAUCUUUCUCAACCUCUCAAAUCAAUGGUACUAUUAUCAAGCAUUUACUUACUUGAUCUCUCAUGAGUUGCAAAAUUAAAGCUAGCGCCGCGCUCGGUUCGAAUUUAGAAGCCAAGAACAAAGAUGGAUUUGGAAGAACAAAGAUGAAAGCCAGCUCUCAUACUCCUCAUCAGUAGAAGUACUACUACUACAACUACUUUUAGUCAUAAGUUCAUCUAAAAUUUGAUUCAUGUAAAUUAAUUAUUACAUCUGAUCUUAUAUUAUAUUACUUCUGUUGA